CGCUGCUGGUGAUUCCGGAAGAAACAACAGUGCGGCGUGAACAUGGGGAAACAAAAGAAAACACGGAAGUAUGCGACCAUGAAGCGAAUGCUUAGUCUCAGAGAUCAGAGGCUUAAAGAAAAGGAUAGAUUAAAACCGAAAAAGAAAGAAAAGAAAGAUCCCAGUGCACUCAAGGAAAGAGAAGUCCCCCAACACCCUUCCUGCUUAUUCUUCCAAUAUAACACACAGCUGGGCCCACCUUACCACAUCCUGGUCGAUACCAACUUUAUCAACUUUUCCAUUAAAGCCAAACUGGACUUAGUGCAGUCAAUGAUGGACUGUCUGUAUGCCAAGUGUAUCCCUUGUAUAACUGACUGCGUAAUGGCUGAAAUUGAGAAAUUGGGGCAGAAGUAUCGAGUGGCUCUAAGGAUUGCCAAGGAUCCAAGAUUUGAACGAUUACCAUGCACACACAAAGGAACCUAUGCAGAUGACUGCUUAGUACAAAGAGUAACUCAGCACAAGUGUUACAUUGUGGCCACAGUUGACCGGGACCUUAAACGAAGAAUCCGGAAGAUCCCUGGAGUUCCCAUCAUGUACAUUUCUAACCAUAGGUACAACAUUGAGCGGAUGCCAGAUGAUUAUGGAGCCCCUCGGUUCUAAUUCUUAAAAGACAAAUUUCCUCUGCCUUCCUUCAACCAACUUUCUCUUUUGCCAGUUCAUUAAACAUGCUAUAGCAUGAAUUAUUAUUCCACUCACCCAUUUGCUCUGUAAUGAGCUCAGUAUGGUUAAAUACACUCACUUUUUAAUAUUUU